AUGUUCAACACAAUCUUGCCUCGUUCCAUCAUCCAACCGUUGAUGAGUCGUGGUAUUGUUUCUAGAAAGGUUGUCAUAGUUACGGAUGAAAUGUGGAGAGCUCAUAGGAAUUUUAAUGUUGUGGCAAUGAGUCAUUCUACAAGCAACACCAUACGAGAAUUUUCGUCGUCAAACUCGAAAUGUAUGAGUGUUGGAUACAAAAAUCCGAACGCAGAGACUGUCAAUAUUACAUUUGUUGACCCAAAGAACAAUAUCAAAAAAACAGUAAAGGCCCCAAUAGGAGAGCAUUUAUUGGCUGUCGCUCAUGCCAAUGAUAUCGAUUUAGAGGGUGCUUGUGAGGCCUCUCUUGCUUGCUCUACUUGUCAUGUAUACAUUCAAGACGAAUAUUUCAACAAAUGUGGAGAGCCAGAAGAGGAAGAAGAGGAUAUGCUUGAUUUGGCAUAUGGAUUGGCUCACAAUUCAAGAUUGGGUUGUCAAGUCAUUGUCUCUAAGGAGUUGGAAGGAAUGACAGUGACCCUACCAAAAGCAACUAGAAACAUGCAAGUCGAUAAGAAGAAGUAA